AUGCCCCAGCGGGGAGCUCCCCCAGAUCUGGAAAAAGCCACUAUUUUACCUACCAGUAGCUAUGUCAGCAGCUCAAGGAGCGCUGCAGUGUCAGGCGAUGCUGGUCUGUACCGCAAGGGCUGCUCUGUUCACCUAGGAGACACAGCAGUUCGAGAGGUGUUUGAAGAGACUGGCAUCAGGUCCGAGUUCAAGUCCAUCCUAAGCAUCAGGCAGCAGCACGGGCAGCCCGGGGCCUUCGGGAAGUCGGACAUGUACAUCGUCUGCCGCCUGGAGCCCUCCUCCUUCGCCAUCAGCUUCUGCCGGCAGGAGUGCCUGCGCUGCGAGUGGAUGGACCUGCAGGAGCUGGCCCGGACCCAGCACGCCACCCCCGUCACCAGCAGCGUCGCCAAGCUCCUGCUCUACGGGUACCAGGAGGGGUUUCAGAACAUCGAUAUAACCCCGAGGGAGUUCCCCGCUGUCUACACAGGCCUGUUCUACAAACUGUACCACAGGGAGCUGCCCGAGUCCUACAGAAACAUUGCGUGA